AUGGCGCGAGCUCUUCGCAGUGGGGCCAACAUUCUAGGCAACCGCAUUGCAGGGAUCUUGCAGCCCUUCCGGGUCAUCGGUGAUGCGGAUUUAAAGGGCCCCGACAAGAAGGAUUGGGUCAUCCCUACGCCUGAGAUCCAUCAAAGCGAGUUACUCGUUGGUCGCAGCAUCUUAGUUAUCGCCAGCGAUGGCGUUUGGACGGUUCUCGACAAUGACUGUGUGAUGAAACUGGCAUUUAAGGAAAUCGGAGCUAACGGAUCUGCUAAAUCCGCUGCUGAAGCUAUCGUCGGUGAGGCAGUCAAAAAGGAUAGCGAAGAUGACAUCUCAGUCAUUGUGGUCUCGGUGUAG